UAUAUCAAAAACGCCGGUGUCUUUCUCGGACAGGAAGGAGAGAAACAGACGGGGAGAGAGUGAAAGUGAAAUCGGAAAAUUGCAAAGAAUUGAAUAAGAGAGAGCAUAAACACACUCUCUCUCUCUCUCUCGCGUGCGCCCGAUCCUAUUAAACCCUAACAUUGGGUUGUGCCAACGGGCACGCAUUUGUUGGUGGAUACACGGGGGGAAUUUGUAUAGUUGGAUUGAUUGGGUGAGCCAUGGCGUUUGUUAAGGUUGUCAAUAGAUCGGCCUCGGCGUCUUUUGCGCCGGAGGGGCCGUACUUGGCGGCCGGGACGAUGGCGGGGGCGGUGGAUCUGUCAUUCAGCUCCUCGGCCAACCUCGACAUUUUCAAGCUCGACUUCGGAUCAGAUGAUCAGCAGCUCAUCUUGGCCGGCUCGGUUACCAGCUCCGAGCGCUUCAACCGCUUGUCUUGGGGGAAGGCUCUUCCGAAUUCCGAGCAGUUUUCUCUCGGCCUCAUCGCCGGUGGGCUUGUUGAUGGCCACAUUGGGCUGUGGAAUCCCAGGCCUCUGAUCUCCUCUGGUGCAAAUCAAACUGGCACUGAAGCUACUGAAAAUGCCUUUGUUGGUCACCUUUCAAAGCAUAGUGGGCCUGUUCAUGGUUUGGAAUUUAAUGCUUUUACUCCGAAUCUCCUUGCUUCUGGUGCUGAUGAAGGUGAAAUUUGUAUAUGGGACAUUUCACGUCCAGCAGAACCAACUCAUUUUCCUCCUCUGAAGGGUAGUGGAUCAUCAACUCAAGUUGAAAUCUCAUAUUUAUCCUGGAAUAGCAAAGUUCAACAUGUGUUGGCUUCUACAUCAUUAAAUGGCACAACUGUGGUUUGGGAUCUUAGGAAGCAGAAGCCGGUCAUAAGUUUUUCAGAUUCUGUUAGAAGACGGUGCUCUGUUUUGCAGUGGCAUCCUGAUUUUGCCACUCAGCUUAUUGUAGCCUCUGAUGAAGAUAGUUCACCUGCACUGAGGAUGUGGGAUAUGCGGAAUGUGAUGUCUCCGGUGAAAGAGUUCGUAGGACAUACUAAGGGUGUCAUUGCAAUGUCUUGGUGUCCAAUUGAUAGCUCCUAUUUGCUUACUUGUGCAAAAGACAAUCGCACUAUAUGCUGGGAUGUUGUUUCUGGUGAGAUUGUCUCUGAACUGCCAGAAGGAACUAAUUGGAAUUUUGAUGUACACUGGUACUCAAAGUGUCCAGGUGUUAUAUUAGCAUCAUCUUUUGAUGGAAAGAUGGGGAUUUAUAAUAUUGAGGGUUGUGGUCGAUGUCGUGCUGAAGAGAGUGCUUCUGGAGCAGCUUCUUUGAGAGCUCCAAAAUGGUACAAACGAAAAUCAGGAGUGUCCUUUGGUUUUGGAGGAAAGCUUGUUUCAUUUCAUUCUACUAAUGCUAACGACAAACCAUCAGAGGUUUGCAUGCAAAAUGUAGACACUGAACAUGGUUUGGCAAGUCGUUCUUCUGACUUUGAAGCUGCAAUUCAGAAUGGGCAGAGAUCAUCACUUAGGAUUCUCUGUGAAAAAAAAUCUCAGGAAUCAGAAUCUGGUGAUGAAAGGGAAACAUGGGGCUUCCUGAAGGUUAUGUUUGAAGAUGAUGGGACUGCAAGGACAAAACUACUUUCACACCUUGGUUUCAGUGUGCCUGUAGAAAAAGAAGAUACUACACAGAAUGAGAUUUCUGAGCAAGCAUCUGCCCUUGGUAUUGGGGAAAGUCUUGCUGGUGGUAAAGAAGGGGAUAAUGUGAAGAAAGACACCAUGAUGCAACUUAUUGAUAAUGGAGAGGAUUUCUUCAACAAUCUUCCAAGUCCCAAAACUGAUACUCCUGUGUCAACAUCUGCAAGUAACUUUGCUACUAAUGAAGCUGCCAUGGGUUGGGAGGAAGCCCCACUAGAGACUAAUGGAGCAGACGAGAGUGAUGCAUCAUUUGAUGAUGCUGUUCAACGUGUUUUGGUUGUUGGAAACUACAAGGCUGCUGUAGAACUGUGCAUAUCUGCUAAUAAAAUGGCAGAUGCAUUAGUUAUUGCACAUGUUGGUGGUACUUCCCUGUGGGAAAGCACUCGUGAUCAGUACCUGAAGACAAGUCGUUCUUCUUACCUGAAGGUUGUUUUUGCAAUGGUUAACAAUGAUCUCAAAAGCCUUGUGAACACCAGGCCCUUGAAAUCGUGGAAAGAAACACUUGCUCUCUUUUGCACUUUUGCUCAGCAAGAUGAAUGGACUUUGUUGUGUGACACACUUGCUUCAAGACUCUUUGCUGCUGGUGAAACACUUCCAGCAACACUUUGUUAUAUAUGUGCUGGGAAUAUUGACAAAACAAUAGAGAUAUGGUCAAGGACUUUGGCAGAAAAGCAUGAUGGAAAAUCAUAUAUAGACCUUCUUCAGGAUUUAAUGGAAAAGACUAUAGUAUUUGCAUUGGCAACUGGGCAGAAACGGUUUAGUGCUACACUCUGCAAGCUUGUUGAGAAGUAUGCUGAAAUCUUAGCAAGUCAGGGGCUUUUAACUACAGCCAUGGAGUACUUGAAGCUUCUGGGGACUGAGGAACUGUCUCAUGAACUGAUGAUAUUACGGGAGCGUAUUGCUCUUUCUAUUGAACCAGAUAAGGGCACAGUGAAGUCUAUGGAAUUUGAUCGCUCUCAGAUGCAAACAUGGCCUGCACACUCUCCUGAACAAACAAGUUAUGGCAUGCUUGAUGCAUCUCAACAAUAUUAUCCAGAGCCACAACCGCAGCUCACGACGAGUGGUCCUAGCAGUCAAUAUGCUGAUAGUUAUCAGCCCUCUCUUGGUCCUUCAUACAAGGGAUAUGUUCCUCCUGCCCCCUACCAGCAAGCACCACCACAAACUAUCCAACAACCUAAUAUAUUUGUUCCAACACCUGCUCCUCACAUUCCCCAGGGAAGUGUUGCCCCACCACCUAUUCCUGCUCAGUCUACUGUGAAACCAUUCAUUCCAACAAACCCCCCUGCUUUGAAACAUGUUGAGCAAUAUCAGCAGCCAACUUUGGGUUCCCAGUUAUACCCUGGAUCAGCUCACCCUAGUUAUCCACCUGGUCCUCCUGGGCCUGGCACAUACGGCUUUAACCCAUCUCCAGUCCAAACUCUUGGACAGAAGAUGCCCCAGGUUGUUGCACCUUCACCAAGUGCUAGAGGGUUUACUCCAGUCACUGGUCCUGCUGGAGUUCAGAGACCCAGUAUGAGCCCAGUGCAACCUGCCAGCCCUACUCAAGCUACAGUAAUCCAACCUCCUGUAGCUGCUGCCGCUCCUCCACCCACAGUGCAGACAGUUGACACUUCUAAUGUCCCUGGUGAGCAAAAGGCUGUUGUAACAACUUUGACAAGACUCUUCAAUGAGACAUCAGAAGCAUUGGGAGGGCAAAGGGCAAAUCCAGCUAAGAAACGCGAGAUUGAGGAUAAUUCAAAGAAGUUAGGGGCAUUAUUUGCUAAACUUAACAGUGGAGAUAUAUCAAAGAAUGCUGCAGAAAAGCUUGUACAGCUCUGUCGGGCUUUGGACAAUGGUGACUUCGGUACUGCCCUUCAGAUUCAGGUACUUCUAACAACCAGUGAUUGGGAUGAGUGCAACUUUUGGUUAGCAACACUUAAGCGAAUGAUCAAGAUGAGGCAGAGCUUUAGAUAAAUGUGAUGUGCACUGCCCUCAGACAAAAUUUAGCAUCUAGGUUCUGUUUGGUUUUUGUUUUUAUUUUUAUUUUUGCCAAUCAUGGGUUUAAGGUAUGUCCACAAGGAUUCAUAAUCGUUAGAUCAUGGGGUUAGAGUUUCUCCUGUCAUCAUGCCCUUUUUUUUUUUUUUAACCCAAUUUCUGUUUUUGCAUCUAGUGUUGCAAUUUUGACAAGAGAUUAGAGAAUAUAGCUCACAUUUGAUUGCUUUUGAUUAUAUUUUCCUUACAUUUAAAAUCUCAAGUUGAAAAUAUAGCUUUUUUUCUUUCUUUCUUUCAAAAA